AUGCCGUGGGCGUACGCUCUGCCAAUCGCACUGGGCGUAGUGACCGUCGUCGCCGUGACCGUCAUCCUCGUCGAGGUCGUGCCGGCGUUUCUUGACGACCUCGAGCGGGAGCGCCGAGAUCGGGACAGGAGACGCAUCGCGGGACAGCGAAGGAUGGUAGAAGUGCAAGCGGUGCCGCAGGGAGCUGGGACAGGGAUCGAAGCGCAGCAGGGGUUGCACGGAUACGAGGUCAGGCAGAGAAAGGGCGCUCCGUCGCAGUCCCACUCGCCAAACGCCCAGGCUGAGCAGGGCCGCUACGAGAUCCGCUCGCCGACUCGCGACUCGCCACAGCACGUCCUCGGCGCCUCCGAGUUCGAAAACGACGACGAUGUCCCACUCGCUCAGCUGUCCGGACGCACAACGCCGGCUAUUGAUGCGUCUGCGCUUCCGGAGGGAGGCAGGAUGGUCGAGACGGUGGACAACGCGGGCGUCAAGGCCUCGAUUUCCGCCACUCAACCCGCUUCGACUGCCACCGACGCCCCUGAGCUAUUAACCGCAGUCGAGGAGACCCUCUUCGUCCCCAACGCUUACAACGACUCUGACGACCCCUUCACCGACGCCCACGCCUCUCCUCUCCUUACCUCCUCCAAGUCCCCCACCCUCGCUCCCUCCAGCCCAACCUGCGACACCGCUCCCCUGCCCGACCUCCUCAGUGCCGAAGAAGCAGGCUGGGUCAUCCCCUCCACCUCACCAUCUAUCGCCGGCGGGAGCGACGAAGAUGGGUGGUCGAGGUUGAGCGACGAAGACGAGUUCGAGUCCGUCGCGGAGUCGGCGUCGGGGUCCGGCGCGAGUAGGGCGACCGAGGAGUGGGCAAAGGUGCAUGCUCGUGCGGCGGCGUUGUAA